AUGCUUGAACGUUCUAUGAUUGCUUACGCUACACAGAGAGGCACCGCCGCUGCAGCAGCACAAAGGUUUAGUGAAAUACUCCACAUGCCUGUCUCUUCUGUUACAGAUAUCCAUCCAGCAGACUUAAAACAAUAUAACAAAAUAGUUUUAGUAGUUUCAAACUAUGGCCAUGGUGAAGCACCACCACAGUGUGAAGCCUUCUUUGAAGAAUUCUUUGCUAUCAAAGACCCAGACUAUUUUAAUGGUGUCCAAUUUGCAGUUUUCGGAUGCGGAUCUUCAAAGAAAGCCCCAUAUUAUCUUACAUUCACUAAAAAUGUCGAGCAGAAGAUGAUUGAACUCGGAGCAACUAAAAUUGCUGAAAUGGGCUUCGUUGAUUCGAAGAAUCCUGAUAAAAGCGCAAUCGAAACAUGGCCAGUUCAAUUAAAGUUCGAUGAAUUGUAA